CCACAAUGUCUGAGGUCACUAGAAAGAGAAGUGCUGUCUCUUCAGACUCAUACGGUUCCCAAACCACAAAGAGAAAACAAACAAGCAAGAUAUCCGAAAGUGCAAACCCUGUGAAUAAAAAAGAUGGAUUAAGUGAAUGUUUUAAAAAAAUUAAAACUAGUUUAUACCUUUCAUUAGCUCCAAUAUAUACAAAUAAACCUCUAGAAGGUAUAAAAGCCCAGCAUCUAGACUCCAUGAUUAUGAAACAUUUCGCACCGGCAAAUGGUGUUGUUAUAGGAUAUGAUAAUUUAAAACUAAGUGAAGAACAUUAUGGGAAAGAUGAAAAUGAUGAUCAAGUUGUUGUUGCUAAAUUAAACGCUCAUAGUCCCUUUGCGUUUUUUUGGAUAAAUGUUGAAUUACUCGUAUGGUGUCCUUCAGUUGGUGAUGUUGUUGAAGGAUUAAUCUAUAUGCAAUCACCAUCUCAUAUUGGGUUAUUAAUUAAUGAUACUUUUAAUGCAAGUAUAAAGAAGAAUUUCAUACCUGAAAAUUGGACCUUCAUUCCAAACCAAGCUGAUGAAUUUGAAGAGAAUAAUAAUAAUAAUGAAGAUGAUCAAAACACAGGGAGUAAAAAAUUCCAAUCAUUAGGUCAAUGGGUUGAUGAAAAUGAAAUACCAAUUGAUGGGAAAAUAAAAUUCACAAUUAGAAGAAUUCACACAUCAGGUAGAGUUGUUUCAGUGGAAGGUUCUUUAAUCAAACCAGGUUCAGAAUUAGAAGCAUUACCAGUUACACCUGGAUUGAAUAAAAAAAUUGUAUUUGAAGAUAGUGCUUUAGAUACUAUUGUUCCUGAUGAAGUCAAAGAAGAAGUUCCAACUUAUGAUAAUGCAAAUAGUAGUGAUGAAGAUGAUGAAGUUGUUGCACAAAAUUCUUCAAGUGAAGAUGAUGAUUCAGAUUCUGAUUGAAUAAAAUUUAAAAGUAUUUGCAUUUUGUAUAUUAAAUAGAGG